AUGAGCUACAAGAAACUGUUGAGCGUCAGUGUUAGGGGAAGCCCCGCCCCGAGCCAUUACCGAGCCAUUUGCAGGAACAUCUUACAAGCAGCCGCGGCGGCCGGGCCGGGGGAAGCGACGGCCGCCGCCAGUACCCUGACGAGAGACACAUCUGCUCGGGACCUUUCCGCUCGGCACCCUUCCCUCCGCUCGGCACCCUUCCCUCCCCUCAGCACUCUUCCCUUCAGCACAUUCCCGCGUCCCAUCCGCGGCCGCGACAGCCGGCCCGAGAGCGCGGGCGGCCGGUGGGGCCGCGGCAGCGCCGUGUCGGGCGCGGGCGAGGUCGGUGGGCUACAAAAGGUGCGAGAGGUAAAAAGGAGUGACGAGGGCACAGGCAAGGUGCGAGGCCAGGAGCAGGGUCGGCGGUGCCGUGAGGUGGCCCGGCAGCUUGGCCUGGCUGGAAGCGCUCGAUGCCCUCCUCCCGCCCCGGGACAGGGCAUGCAAGGGCAAUGGUGCCAGUGCUGCCACUCUGGCCACCCAGAGGGCCGCUCCUCCAAACAAGAGAUGAUAGCAGUUUCUGCAGUUGCUUUACAGGAUCACAUAAUACACAGUCAUCAGAUCUGGGAUCUUUCAUUAGCAGGUGCUUUUAAAUCAAAGAGAAGGAGUACCAAGAACACUUGCAAACUCAUAGAUAGUGGACUAAGAGAAAAGAGAACUCAGCACAGAAACAAGGAAGAUGCAGGAAGGGAGUCUGUUCUUGAUCUGAGUCCUCCAGAGCUAACGUUAGCUCAGAAGUUAGGCCUGGUUGAGCCUCCUUCCUAGCUAACUGCUGAAGAAUGGGUGAAAAUAAAGCAGAGGUGCUCACAGUGUGGAGACUCCAUACAGCCUUGGUCAAUGUGCUGGAAAGGAUUUGCACUUCAAUCUCAGGUGCUGCUUUUGUGUUCCCAUGUAUCCCAUAAAGCAAGCCUGAAAGCCUUUGAAAUAUUUACAUAUAAAAGGUCUUGUCCUAUGUGCAGGACAGAGGGGUGUCAGACCAAAGGAAUACCUGAUGGGCUAUGCUUAUUUAAAAUAAAGUGCACUAUUAGAAUUCAGGCUUCCUGGAGGGGUGUUAGAAAGUGGUAUAAAAACUUGAGAAAAACAGAGCCUCCUAAAGAUAGCAAAUUAAGAGAAUAGUUCUUUGAGAUGGUUACAUUUGCUUCUUUCUUUGCUCUAAGUCAAGAUAUGUUUCAGCAGUCAGAGGAAAGGAAACACUAAUUAAGGGACAUUGACUGGGAGAAGAUCCAGAUGCAGGUUGAUUAG